AUGUCUACAAUGACGACCAAAACCGAGAUACAAACAUGCUAUACUUCGACAACUACGAACCUGCCACAUGCUCCGACGGCUAUGGAUGAGCUUCUCAUCAGGUACCCUUCGUCCAUGUUCAGUUCCUCGAACACGUUGUGCAAGAAAAGUCGUAACCCAUUUCAACGUGUGGUUGAUCGCAUCCGCCUCGUGUACUAUAGAUACGAAGUCACUUUCGGUCUCUACGUCAUGACCCCGAGUGAGAAGUGUAUCGCCAAUGCCUUUGUACUCGUCGUCUUAUCACUCUUACUGUGGGCGCUAUUGCUAUACUUCCCGACUCUUCUCUUUCACAAGCUCAGUCGCGCGAUAUGGCUGGUGACAGGCCACAGCGACGAGGCCAGCGCCACGCUACGGAUGAUAGAGAUGCAUGGCAAUCUAAUUCCGACAGCCUCUGUCGCCGAUAUCCCCCAGACUUCAUGGUGA